UGGCGCUAUUUAGGUUCGAUUUUGCAGUCCAACUCGUCAAAGCAUCCAGAGCCUCGGGAAACAUCACACCAAUUGAAACCACCAGUUUGAGGAGAUUUGGUUUUCCUAUAUAUGCUGUGAAGUAGCCUGUGAAAAUAUUUCUGCAUAUGAAAUGCCUAAAGCAGGUGUAAGGAAGGUCCACCGGGUGAAAAUACUGCAUCCUAACAGUCGCAAAGCCAUGAAACUCACUGGAGCUGUUAUAAGGAAAGACAGAAUUGCAAGGGUACGCCAAGAGACCUCCUUGAAGAUCGGCCUCCUAGUUGAUAAGUUGUGGUGGUUUCAAGAGAAUGCUGACCCAGAAAAGACCAAGUACACACAAGAAGAGCUCUGCGGACUGGUGGAAAGCUACUUGCAUCGAUUUGAUGAGGAGUUAGAGCAGAUUGACAUCAUCCAGGGCAUGAAGGGGAGGAAAGGACGGCAACAUGCAACAAGGGAAGAUAUCAUCAAAAGUACCUUGAAGACAGAGCAGAGGCUGUUCAAUACAUGUGGGUUAGAGGCACCUGAUUUGGUUGACCAAAAAAACCUGGCUCGCUUUUUGGAGUGGGACGGCACUGCAAAAGAUGUAAGCGUAAUUAAAAUGAAAAAAGUGGUUGCCAGGGCGCUAGGCACCGAGGAAAGUAUCACGUCAUAAAGGUCAUCCAGCAUGACGAAAUGGUGAAGAUUAUGAGGUAACAUCUUCCUUAGAGGUGAAUGUAAACACAGUGGAUAUGUUUAUGCCUAACCUAGGCACUUCCCACCUUUUAAAACUAGGUUUUAAAAUUACAGAAACUUUAUAGUAAGGCUUUAUGAUAGUAAGCUUUAAGUAUGAUGUCACAAUGUUUUGGUACUGUAGCCGAGUUCAAUUUUGCUACAUGAAUCUUUUUUUUCACUUCAGGAACAGCCUGGUUUUGCCAUGGGACAUUACACUUAUUUAUGCAAAGAAGUUCAAGAAAAAUACGGAAAUCUUUCUUUUUUCAACCAAUUUAAUAUUUAAUUUUAGCAAAUGCAUGUAAGCAAGAACGUAAUUAUGUCAAUUGUGAUACAAAAGUUGAGGGAUUUUUUAAGGCAAAGGGAAUACACAGGAAUAUUCUAUUGUUAGAAUGUGACUGCCAAAAGGAUGAGGUGCAAACUUCUCACUUUUUAAGUGUUCCUCCUUUCUGGUUUACAACUGCUUUAUUUACAAAACUUUAUACAUAGGCAUAAAAAGAAAAUGAUUUAAUCAAGGAUUUCAUUAAAUUGCAGGCAAAAUGAAGUUUAUAAUCAAUUGUUAAAUUGCCUUUGUUUUCUGAUUCUCAGUUACAAAAAAAUCAAAUUCAAGUUCAAUCAGUGAAAUACAAAAUCAUUUCGACCCUGUACAAAUCAUUUCAGGCUCCUUACAAUCACAGAUGAUUACAGUUUGUCAUAAAAAUACAGUGUAUACAUCCCUUAUAGUUACUCUCGCAGAGUUUGUUAACUCUUGUUCACUCAAUUCUCAGCACUGCACUCAGGUAUUUGUAGAGUUUCUGUCAUCCAAGUCAAUUUGUGACACCGAGUAGCACGGGUAGCAGGGUAGUUGUGAUUGACACCAAGAGUGACCACGGACCAUCUAAAUUUAAAGAAAUGGCCAAACCGUACAAGUACUACAUUUCUAAUUUGACAAAAAAGGUAAGUUCCUGACUGUAAUUCAAACUUCAAAAUAAUCCUUAAUAACUUUGGACUAAAUUACACAGCUGAAUACUUCACCCUUGACAAAUAUAACUAAAAUCAAAUCAAAUUGCAUCUACAAAUUCUAUUGAUUUUUCAGUGAAGGAGAGGAACUUUAUCUUCUGACAACAAAAAAUGAACUUAAAAGAAUUUGCCAAAAUAAAUGGGUAUUUACACUCGGGAAUUUCUUCAGUGGAUUGUACAUAAAGUGUUGAGUUUUGCUCCACUGCUGGCCUUGACAACAAAAUCUGGGUUUUCUUUGGUUCUAUCAUAACCAUGGCAGGUUAUUUGUUAUUAGGACUCUGCCAGUAGUGGGAACACACACAGAUCAACUAAACAGAAAAGAACUGUUUUUAUAUUUGUCACUGGUCAACUGGCCUCUGGCAUUAAUGAACACAAAAAAAA